GUGACAUAGAAGGCGGGUCUUAUCCGGAUACGGGAGAACGAGCGUUUGGAUGUCAGUCAGCAUCCUUGGUAGGAAAGGAGGCGUCCAGAUCCUGUCUUUUUUUCUUUCGCUCUGUUUAUCACAAUAAAUGGACUUCCAGUGAGUGAAUGGACGGCGUCCAUGCCCAACCUGGGAUGUGGCUCUGUGUGAAUGUGAUCACGAUCCUGUGAACUCCUGCCUUGUGGUGAUAGUAAAAGUCUGAAAAUCCAGCCAUGUUAGCCCGGAAAGGUCUGGUGCCCGAAGGAUUUCUGUUAACGCGCCUGGCUGAAGAUGCCACCCAGCAUAACCGCUUCCGCAGCAAAUCGCAGCGGGCCCGCUUUAUCACCAAGAAUGGAUCAUGCAACGUUGCUCACAAGAAUAUACGGGAACAGGGUCGGUUUCUGCAGGAUGUUUUUACCACCAUGGUGGACCUUAAAUGGCAGCACUCACUCCUCAUCUUUACCUCAGCAUUCCUCUGCUCAUGGAUGCUUUUUGCAAUGAUGUGGUGGCUCCUGGCCUUCGCUCAUGGUGAUCUGGAGCCUCGAGAUCCCAAUGAGCCUGGGCCUGUUCCCUGUGUCACUGCCAUCCACUCUUUCACUUCAGCGUUCCUUUUCUCCAUCGAGGUGCAGGUGACCAUUGGUUUUGGUGGGAGGAUGGUCACAGAAGAGUGCCCGAUGGCCAUUGUGGUUCUGAUCAUCCAGAACAUUCUGGGCCUCAUCAUCAACGCCGUCAUGCUGGGCUGUGUAUUCAUGAAAACGGCUCAAGCCAAUCGGCGGGCAGAGACGCUCAUCUUCUCCCGGAACGCCGUCAUCGCGCCACGCAACGGCAAACCCACGUUGAUGUUUCGCGUUGGAGACCUAAGGAAGAGUAUGAUCAUAUCGGCUACCAUUCAGAUGCAGGUGAUUCGCAGGAUGGUGACGGCAGAAGGGGAGGUGAUUCCAGUCUGCCAACUUGACAUCCAGGUGGAAAACCCACUCAGGAGCAAUGGCAUCUUCCUUGUCUCGCCCCUCAUCAUCAGUCACACUAUUGAUAGAGGAAGCCCCCUGUAUGAGCUUUCAGCCCAGUCGCUGGCCAAUGAAGAUCUGGAGAUCAUAAUUAUUCUGGAAGGCGUCGUAGAGACCACAGGUAUCACCAUGCAGGCGCGCACAUCUUACACACCAGAGGAGAUCCUCUGGGGCCGGCGCUUCGUCUCCAUCAUGACCGAAGAGGAUGGACGCUACUCCGUGGAUUACUCCAAAUUUGGUAACACGGUCCCUGUGCGGAUGCCCGCCCUCAGCGCCAAGGAACUGGACCAGACUAGAGGGGUGCAGGACAAUGGCCCUCAUGAGGGUAAGCCUCAGGGAUGGGGACUGGUUCGGGCGGGACGGGGCGGCUACAGGAGGAGCGCGGGCCGGGCUUGUGAGGACACCCAAUCGCGUCCGUGGUACAUUCCAGGAGAGAAAGAUGAGCAGAAUACAAGUAACGAGAAAAACGGACAGAAGAAGAUAGUGAAAUUGGAGGAAAUAGGGAGAGAAAUAGUGGAGGAGACCAUAGAGGAUAUGAGCGAUUAAAGCUAGAAUAUUCAGUAUAUAUACACACAGAAUGUGGAUGUGCAAAUUAUAUAGUAUAGCUAGUCUAUCAGGGAGCUUUUAAUUCAUUUUUUUUUUUGUUAUAGAUUUGAGAAUUAAAGCAGUUGCUUUUUUUUAAUGAAUUGUAAUUUUCCUUUUGUGUUUACUGGAUAUUUCUAUUUUAUACAAGUAAUUGGUGUGUCUUUAAUUUCGCCCAUCACAAUUUUUUUUAUUCUUCAUUGUCUUUGUGGUUUUAAAGUUGUAUCUGCCAUCUGUGUUCCAUUGUUUCAGAAUCAUUAAAGCUGGUAUUGAAUAUCACUA